AUGGAUAUACUCCACAGAGACAUUAGAGUACUUUGCAAAAUUAUUAGACAAAGGAUCAGCAAAGUCCAUAUCAGGAUUUACAAACAAAAUUUGAGCUCCUCUAUUAUUAGUUAAGGUUACUCCCCUGAAAAAAGAGAAGUGUCAGAAAAGAGAAACUAUCUCAUUCAAAAAGCUAUUAAAGAGAAUGAGGAACUCAAGAAAAAAUAUAUUAAGGAUUUUAAGCUUGAAAAUUCGAUGAAAAAGGUUGGUUACAAAUUACUGAAAAAUACAGAUGUUGAAACAAUGAAUGUCCUUAUGAGUACUUAUAAGCAAAUAGGAGCACCUAGAUCAAACAGAGUGGCAAUAAAUUCUCAUGAUUUGAAAUACUCAUUUUAGGAUUAUGAACUUAAAGACACCCAAAAUUAUACAAGAAUAAUUAAAAUUCCUCAAAGAGAACAUGAAGUUCAAGACACCUUAAAUGGAUAACUAAAAAUCUAUAAGCCUCCUGAUAUUGUGGUAGAACAGCCCUCUUAGUACAGAGAAAAUUAUUUUCAAUUGCUAGCCAAUCAAACUAAACCAUUUAACAAGAGAAAAUGUGAUAUUACUAAAGAAAUUAAGCCUGUUAUUUCAAAAGAAGUAGCUAGAGAGCUAUCAUCAUAAGGCAGCAAAGAAUUAAGCAAAAUUAAUCUAUUGAAUAACUUCAACAAAGGAUCGCAAAUGAUGACAAGUUCUUUUAAUUUAUAGUCUCAGAAAUCAAAAUCAAUAGGUAAUAGUCACCAGCUUCGAGAUUCAACCACAAAUUAUCAACAGACAAGUCAAGAUAAAAGAAGCAACUUAAAUGGAACGUUUAAGCUUGAACCGAAAUUGCAAGAUAUUUAAAUGCCAACUACCUCAAAUCCCAACAUGAGAAAUAGUUUGAUAGUAAAAGACAGUUAUUCACUGAAAACAAGUGUGGUAAAUAGAGAAUCCUUGCCAAUGAUAAAGUAAACUUUGCUUAGUUCUCAGACUAGAAGAGGAAGCUAGCCUGAUAAAGACUUGGAUAUAUUUGCUAGUUAAGAAACUGAAAAUAAUGACAAUGAAGUGUCAAUAUCUACUAAGAGAUAUCAGGAAUUAUGUAUUAAGAAAAGACUAGGUGGUAACGAUAAAUCAUAUGAUGAGCUAAAGAAGUUUCUAUCUCCAUCAAAGUAUAUUAAUUAUUUAGUUUAACUUAUUAGGAAACUCGUAAGUGGAAGAUCCAAUGGAAAGAUUCCAAUGGAUGCCAUAGGAGGCUUGAUAGAUUUGAUUCUCGAAUGA